AUGCACUUUGCUGUUGCCACAUUUCCUUUUUGCCGAGAACUGCGCGCACCUAAAUUUCUGUUUUCACGCCUUCCACUCAUGCAAUCAUUUUCAGUUUCACUUAUAACCACAAUGUUAGACAUUGUGCGGAUGUAUUUAUGGUGGGCUGUCACGUCUUACCUUAUAGUUCGAUUACUAAAAUGUCUGUUUAUUCUAACAAAAAGCUUUAUUGUCCACUUUGUGACCCCAAUCUACAACAUAGACCAUCUGAAGGACUCCUGGACAGUUGUUACCGGAGGCACAGAUGGCAUUGGCCGAGCUUAUAUUGAAGAGUUAGCAAAAACUCGUGGAUUAAGAAAGUUCUACCUUGUCGGUAGAAACCGGCAAAAACUUGAUGGAGUGGUCAAAGAUUUCCGUGAGCGAUAUGGUGCGGAAUGCAAAACUGCCGUAUUUGAUUUUGAACAUGAUAGUUACGACAAGCUACCUCAGGAAUUAAAGGAGAUGGAUAUUGGUAUCCUGAUUAACUGCGCUGGAAUCGCUCCAACUCAAGUGGCGAACUUCAUGGAGUUACCAGAAGGAACCGCAUCGAAGAUCUUUCGGGUUAAUCUAAUGUCUAAUAUUAAGGUAGUGACUUAUGAAGCUCUUUGCUCUCUUCUUCAUCGCCCCUCUUUCCCGAAUCCUAAUUGCUUGCAGAUGUUGGAACUCGUCCUUCCCGGCAUGAUCAAGAGAGAUAAAGGAUGUGUUGGUUGGCGUCCACUGCCUUAUAUAAGUGCAUAUCCUGCAAGCAAAGCUGCAAUAUCCUUCUUUUCCGAUUGCCUUAGUGAUGAAUUUCGCCACACUAACGUCCGCAUACAGUGCUUAAUACCAAUGCUGGUCGCGACAAAAGUCGCCUCCUACAACGUUGAAGAGGCUAACAAUCUAUUUGUUGUGACUCCUGAAAAUUAUGCAAAGCAAGCGGUUCGCUGCCUUGGUCGAUUUGAAAUUCUUACGGGAUGUGUACAGCACGAUAUUCAGAUUGCUUUGGGAACGUUGCUUUCCUUCUGGGUUUUCAAACUUUUGUAUGUGCCAAUCAUCAUGCUGGGUGUACAUAAGGAUCGUGUAGCUGCUUAUCAAAAAAAUCAUCACAAGGAAGCUUAA